GCCGGCACACAUUUUACCAGAUGUCGCUGCGAUCGACGAGGCUCGAACGCGUCAAUUGUUAUUUCUGUAAUUUUCGCAGAUAUUUUCGCUCUCGCUACGCCGGUCCACGGCACGUCCGAGAGUGGAGCACCCGCGCUCCUGGUUGCCGAGGUUGCCGAGUAACAGUUCUCGUUGCUAAAAGAAAGGAGAAAGAUGAGCAAGCAUCAUACGCACGAAAUGAGCGAACAUCCGGAGGUGCAGUGGGCUCUGGAGUUGCUCAAGCCAGAUCCCAAUAAUGAUCCCGGUGUUAUGUCAAAGUACGCGCCGGAGGCGGUGUGUGUGUCGAGCGGCUUUGCCAUUCCGUCGCUGUCGAAUAUGUUUAAUAACAGGCCGUUCUACGCCGGAAUACAGAGGCAUGUCCUCUUCAUGAUAGGGGGAUAUGUUGUGGCGCAAAUCUCGAAGAAGCUUCUUGACGAUUUCCAAGCGGAACGUGACACCAAACUGAGAGAUUAUAUCAUACGACACCCGGAACUCUUUCCCGAGCCAGAGCGUGUAAAGUACAGUCAACUGUUGCAGGAGUGGGUCCCGGUGCGUUAGUUCUCCAAGACUGUUUGAGGUGAUUGCACCAUCUCGAUUGUGGACAGUCGUGCGGGCAGACGUGCGUUCUGACGCAAUGAAUGUAGACAUAUUGUACAUACACUUAAAAAAAUACACGUGUAAAUUAUAUAGCGUUUCGGCUAAAACGAAAACAAGACGCCAUUUAAAGUAAGAUAAACAAGAUAAUGUGUAUAUAUAUAUAAGGGUGAUCAUUUCAAGCUGCUCUGCUAUCUAGAAAUAAAAGGCGGAUUGUUUUUUUUU